AAGUGAGGGAGACAGAAGCUAUGAAACUAAAGUAAACAAAGGACAACAAUUCUGACAAAGCAUAUUGAUUUAAUGAUAAAUAAAUAAACAAAAUUAUAAAAUAUAAUUUAGUGAGUCUGACAGUGUUUAGGCCAGCAGAGAAGGCAUUGCUGGCCCUCAGCCCACCACUGUUUAUGUACCGACUGUUAAAUCGCGUUUCGUCAAUGGAAUGAUGCCCUGUUACCCUGACUUAACAAACAUAGACAAGAAAUGGUAUGUUUUAUCACCUGAGCAACAAUUACAUGAAGCUCAGUUUAGAUAGUCAUUAGUCCCCAAAACAUUUUGAACAACCCACAUUUGAGCAGUCUAUUACAUCUGAAUGAUAUUCUGACUAUAAAAUAAUUUAGAAAAUUACAAUUGCGUGGGAUGGAUUGAUAAUCCAAGGGGAUAUGAACAUCUAAAAUGGUAUCACGAUUUAUUGUCUGGGCAUGUGUAGUUUAUUCACAGGAACAAUUACACAGGUUUUGCAAAAUCUUAAUUAAUAUUGUGUACAUAAAUAGCCACGGGCAUCUUUAAAGAAAAUGAUGUGAAAGACAUGUUUAUGCAAAUGUUUAACAAAGUGCCUUCUUUGUCUUUUUUGUUCUUCCAAUUUAUGGUACAAUUCCUCCUCCUUUUGCCGUUGGUCCUCUUGUCCUUCUUCCUCGACAACUGCAAUUGGCUUUCGUAAGCUAAAAGCCGAGAUGCCCCUCACAAUAAAGUGGACUCUGAAGUUGUACCUAAAGUGGCCCGUAUGACUGUCUCUGGCAAGAAGCAGACCAUGGGCUUCGAAGUUCCCAGCAUGGGGGAAAAUGGCGUUGUCACUGCUUCGCUACGUAGAGGUGGCAGCCCAGAAGACGCAACGGCAUCUUCAGAGGCCACGACAAAGCGUCCCGGGACUCCAUCUAAAGGGUCAAAUGGAGACGAGCCCUCCACAGUCCCCACCCCAGGGCGCACCUCUGGAAAGGCCCGGCAGUCGAUCAACAUCAAGGCUGAACUGGAGAAGAGGCAGGGGGGAAAACCUCUGCUAAACUUGGUGGUUAUAGGUCACGUGGAUGCUGGUAAAAGCACACUGAUGGGUCAUCUGCUUUAUCUGUUGGGCAACGUUAACAAGCGCACCAUGCACAAGUAUGAGCAGGAAUCCAAGAAGGCUGGAAAGGCUUCCUUUGCCUAUGCUUGGGUCUUGGAUGAAACUGGCGAGGAGAGGGACAGAGGUGUGACAAUGGAUGUGGGCAUGACAAAGUUUGAGACAAACUCUAAGGUGGUGACCUUAAUGGAUGCACCGGGACACAAAGACUUCAUCCCCAACAUGAUCACAGGAGCUGCACAGGCCGACGUGGCGGUGCUCGUGGUGGACGCCAGCCGAGGAGAGUUCGAGGCGGGCUUCGAGGCGGGCGGUCAGACCAGAGAGCAUGCGCUGUUGGUGCGAUCGCUUGGCGUCACUCAGCUGGCUGUAGCUGUCAACAAGAUGGACCAGGUAAACUGGCAGCAAGAGCGUUUCCAAGAUAUUACUUCCAAACUCGGCCAUUUUCUCAAGCAAGCAGGAUUCAAGGACUCAGAUGUUUUCUACAUCCCCACCAGUGGCCUGUCAGGAGAGAACCUCACCGCCAGGAGUUCGGUGUCGGAGCUCACUUCUUGGUUCUCUGGUCCCAGCCUGCUGGAACAAAUCGAUGGCUUCAAAGCCCCUCAGAGGUCCAUCGACAAACCUUUCAGACUGUGUGUCUCAGACGUGUUCAAAGACCAAGGUUCAGGUUUCUGUGUAACGGGGAAGAUUGAGGCGGGUUACAUCCAGACUGGAGACAGAAUACUGGCCAUGCCUCCCAAUGAAACCUGCACAGUCAAAGGUAUAACUAUGCACGAUGAAGCUCUGGAUUGGGCUGCAGCAGGAGACCAUGUGAGCCUGACCGUCACCGGUAUGGACAUCAUCAAGAUCAAUGUGGGCUGUGUGUUCUGUGAUCCCAAAGAGCCCGUCAAAGUCUGCACUCGAUUCAGAGCUCGAGUCCUUCUCUUCAACAUCGAGGUCCCCAUCACGCAGGGCUUCCCAGUAUUGCUGCAUUAUCAAACAGUAAGUGAGCCGGCCACCAUUAGGAAACUUAUAAGUGUUCUACACAAGAGCAGCGGGGAGGUCCUAAAGAAGAAACCAAAAUGUCUGAGUAAGGGUAUGAAUGCCAUCGUUGAGGUCCAGACCCAGAGGCCAGUGUCGUUAGAACUGUACAAGGACUACAAGGAAUUGGGCCGCUUCAUGCUGCGAUAUGUGGGCUCCACCAUAGCUGCUGGGGUCGUCACUGAGAUCAAAAAAUGACAAACCUUCCUAUGGACACAGAGAAAGUCAGUCGUGCUCUGCAGACUGCAUGCAGCAAGAGACAAAGUGCAAUUCUCCAGAGACUCAAUCCGCUCAUUCAUCCAUCCAUCUAUCUCUCUAUCCAGCACAGUAGCUGCUUCACCUUCCUGCUCCGAUCAACACUAACUGCAAGAAACCAGCCCCAUGGCAAAAUGCUUCGCAACUGCCUUUUCCUCCAUCAAACAAGGAGUAUUACCCAGUAAACCCCACUUCAAAUUUCCCACCAUCAGACCAGUUUGUGAAACCUUGUGGCUCUGAAUUUGAUCAACCCAAAUCAACAGUAUAAACUGACUGUGAGACAUGAUCCCAACAUAUCUAGGUGUCCACAGUGAUCGAUUUCACUGUUCUCUCUUGAAGAAGAACCUGUAGGUCUGAUCGCUUAAGUUGACCGAGAAAAAUAAGUGGGUGCAGGAAUCAGGGCAGAUAGAUUUAACCUGGGCUGUGGUGGGAGGAAGACAAUUCCCCCCUGCUGCAAGAUAGGAAUUUACAAUAACAGAUUUUCAAUGAUAAGGAUCCCUUUAUGAAGCUGCUUGCCUGAAAUGAUUCAUUUUAAAACUUAGAAAAGGAUGAAUGUCAUGUGACGCCAUGCAGGAGUUGGUGUGAUUUUUAACAUAAGUAUGUUUGCAUCUCUAAUUACACAGCCAAAGAUACAAGGUCCAAACUAAUCCAGACCGAGUCGCUUGUGAACAAAAAAAAAGGGAACUUAAAUUGUAGCUCCAUCCGAGAUAAGAGAAUCCUCAUCUUAAAAUGUGUCCACUCUAAAGAACCCACAUGAUUUUUUUAAGUGCUUAUGGGUAUUUUUGCUUCUAUUUGGGAGACUUAAGUGGAAAUUGAGAGUUGAUGGGGCUGUUUCUGUUUCUCAGUGUAUUCAAAUCAGACAUGUUGGUGAACAGAUGAUGCAAAAUGAACAACAUCAAAAAUG